AUGCCUCUCUCAACGACCACAAAAGUUUUGGGUAUUUCCUCUAAAGUGCCCAAUAAAAUAUAAAAUUAGGGAUGUACCCUAUUCUUGCAUGCAAAGUAACACGGCCCUAUCCACCGCCUCACUUUUCCCUUUUGCGCAAAAAAACUGGAAAGAUGUUCGCGGUUGGUCCGAGCAACGCCCGACUCCACUGCAACUCUCCGAAUCCGCUCCUCCCGCCACCGGCGACGGCGACCGCGACAGGAGCUUCCGUACGGUACAAGGAUGUGUUUCUGAAAAGAUGUUUCAAGCCCAGCCAAGUGGUUAUUCCCCAAUGUCAUCGAUUCGGUUCUUCAAACUUGGACACAAAACUUGUUUUAUCUAUUACCAAUACUAAACAGGAACCUUAUAAAGAACUGAAGUGUUCUUCUUCUAAAGGAAUAUUGAUAUCACAACUUUCUGCAGCAGCAUCCCCACAUCUAUCUGGGGAACAAGGCAGUCUAUUCCACAAACUUCCACUUUUACCUCCAAGAAAUUGUGCUGGAAAGAGUCCUCAAGCCUUCAGAGAUGACUCUUACAGUGUAAAACGCCACUCUGGGGUCACCCAAAAACCAGAAUGGUGGUGGAGAACUUUGGCUUGUGUUCCAUACUUGAUGGCUUUGCAGAUGUCAAGUACAGCAUAUUACCUCUUGCCCUUGUUGGAGCACUUGGACGUUGAUAAUUUGAUAUUUUAUAUCCCCGGAUUCGUUCAGAAGUUACCGUGGUGGUUCCCCAUGUUGUACUUCAACCUCGCAUACUUCGGAGUCGUGAGGAAUAAAGAAUUGCCUCAUUUCAUUCGGUUCCAUGUGAUGAUGGGGAUGUUAUUAGAAACCUUGCUAGACAUCGUAUGGUAUUCAAGCAAUUUCAUGCCACUCAUACAUUACAAUGGUACAUAUGCAAUGCAAUAUUGGGCAGCAGUGGGGUUCAUCUACAUUUCCAGCUUGUUGGUGUGUAUAAGGAGUUCUCUCUUAGGGACUUAUGCCAAAAUACCAUUCAUUUUCGAAAACGCACUUAUUCAUACAUUCUUUAGUAUAGGACGAUAUUAUCGACCGUUCUAGACUGCAGUGAGGUAUGUUGUAUAUGAGUUAAGAGUCUUAGAGGUGGACAAUAAAGAACAAGAGAGCAGGGUCUUCAUCGAGCCUGAUGUUGUUUUGGAGAUUUUGUUUGUUAAUUUUUAUGAGCGGGAACUGGGGUUUUAAGAUAUUAGCCAAUUUUUUGUGGUUAUAAUUGGUCAUCUAUCAAAAAUACUUUCU